AUGGCCGGCGCGGGCGUCAACAACCACCUGCCCGCUGGUCCCGACGACCACAGAGCCUACAUUGUCAUUGUCGCCAUUGUCGGUCUCAUCUGGAGCGUCCUCGUCUUGUGCAUCCGCGUCUUUAUCCGCGUCCGGCUGACCGGACCCUUUGGCUCGGAUGAUGCCGCCGCCUCGCUGGCUACUUUGAUUGGCGUCUGCCAGACUGCGACUGUCCUAUACGCUGUCCGCGAAGGCGUUGGCGUCCGGAACAAUGACGCCUUCGCGGACAGCAUGGAUUCUGCACUAAAGGCGUAUUAUGCCAGCACAAUCAUGUACAUUAUGGCCAUCUGCCCGGCAAAAGCAUCCAUGUCGUUGCUCAUAACCAGAGUGAGCCGACAGGCUGCUGACAAGCACCUGCUCGGCACGCGUAUUGUCACCGGCAUCAUCUUCGCUUGGGGCUUAGCCUCGGUAUUCAUCGUCGCAUUACAAUGCGGGAGCACACGACCGUGGGAUCUGACCGCAGCUGGACACUGCAAAGGGCUGUUCCCGCGCUGGCUCGCCGUCGAAACAUUCAGUAUAGUGAUAGAGGUCCUCAUUUCCGGUCUCGCCUUCUCCCUCGUCCUCGGGCUCGACAUGGCCCUGCGGACCAAAUUCAUCGUCGUAUCCGCCUUUUCCGCACAGCUCCUCGUCGCCAUCCCCGUCAGCUACCGUCUCGUCCUCCUCCGCGACGCCCUCCGCAACUACCAGUCCCACGGCGGUGGCGGCGGCGGCGGCGGCGGCAGCUCCUCCGUCAUGUUCACCCUCGCCGACACCACCAUCGUGACGCAGGUCGUCAUGCACUUUUCCAUCAUGGCCGCCACCUUUCCCUGCUUCCGCCAGUUUCUGCAGGCCUUUAACAAUGACUUUGGCGCAACCACCAAGAUGGGCACCGGCGACGACCCCCGCUCGGGAGACGGCAGCCAGGACGCCGCCGUCGGCCCCCACCGCCGCCGCCGCAGCAUCGAUAGCUUCGCCAUGUCGGUACUGCGAUCGCGGGAUGGUAGCGGCGAUGAUGCGGGUGCAAGCGCAGAGGCGACAACGCCAGAGCAGGAAUCUGAUACCGAGGUCGAGGGCGUUUUAGUACCCCUCAUGCCGCACCGAGACGGCCUACUGACACUGGCCGACGAUGGCGGAAGCCUGCAGAGCAUGGGCAGCGACCAAGCUAUGAUAAGGAAAGAUAAAAGACUGCAUGAUAGAUCAGUUCGUCGCAUUGAUUCUUGA